UUGCAGAGAGAGGGUUUAGCAGCGCCGGCGAUUCCUCCCCCUUCCGCUCCACUCUGCACCUCUCCUCGCGGCAAGCACCCAUGGCGGCUUCCUCCGCCUCCCUCCUCGCCCGCCGCCUCCUCCUCUCCCGCCGCUUCCUCUCCUCCCCACUCCGCCCCGUCUCCACAACCACGACACCGUCCUCCUCCUCCUCCUCCUCGACGCUUAACGGGUCCGAUGCGGAGUCCGACCCCGAGCUCGAGCACGACCAGGCCCCCGGGGAUCAGGAUCGCCAGCAGGCGCCCAACCGCCCGCGCCCGCCCAACACCACCCGCCCCCUAGAGAACGGCCUCGACCCCGGCAUCUAUAAGGCGAUAAUGGUGGGGAAGGUCGGGCAGGAGCCGAUGCAGAAGCGGCUGCGGAACGGGAGGACCGUCGUGCUCUUCUCGCUUGGCACCGGUGGCAUCCGCAACAACCGCCGCCCGCUGGACCGCGAGGAGCCGCACCAGUACGCCGACCGGUGCUCCGUGCAGUGGCACCGCGUCUGCGUCUACCCGGAGCGCCUCGGUACCCUCGCGCUCAACCAUGUCAAGACCGGCACUGUUCUCUAUUUGGAAGGAAAUCUUGAGACCAAAGUGUUCUGUGAUCCAAUUACUGGGCUGGUUAGACGCAUAAGAGAAAUAGCUGUGCGUGCAAAUGGUCGCCUCUUGUUUCUGGGUAAUGACGCCAAUGCUCCUAAGUUAGGUGAAGUCAAGGGCGUUGGCUACUUCUGAUACUGAUUUAUUUUUAACUGAUGAUACCAGUUGACUCUGUCAACUGGGAUGGAUGUAUCACAAUAGUGCGGCACUUGCUCUAUAUUAUUGAAUCUGAGAGUGAACCAACAAAUAUUGGCAGCGUUUUCUAAGUCUUUUGCUGCGUUGAAUUUUAUCAGAUUCCUGUUUUCGUCAAGCUCUCUAGAUGCCUUAUAAUUGUUGAGCAGAAGCAUAUAGGGUGUGUAACUUAAUUUAACCUCAGACAUGCUUUAAAGAGUGAUUUCUUUCUGCCUUUC